CUUUUUUAAUGUUGCUGACGAGACGCUCGCUCAAGCAUCGGUGACCGUACAUUUACGAAUGGACGGCAUGAAUUUGACAUCAAACCAUAUUCUAACUAGUCCGAAUCCUUUCAACGAAUGCUUAUUUUUACAAGGCUGUUAGAACGCUAUACAUAUAGUUCAGUUUAGCCGUGUGUAGCAUAGACAUGCCGUCUUGAGCUAUGUGAAAAUGGCUCUAUAACACGGUGUUGUGGAGGGCGCGGUCCAUUCAACAAGGAGCUGUGGACACCAGCAGGCAGGAUGGAGGAGAAGAAACGCAACAUCCGGAUCAUUGAAUGGGAGGACCUGGACAAGAAAAAGUUCUACUCCCUGGGUGUGUUCAUGACCAUGACCACCAGGGCCACAGUCUACCCGUUCACCCUCAUCCGCACCCGGCUGCAGGUGCAGAAGGGCAAGUCCCUCUACACAGGCACCUUUGACGCCUUCUACAAGAUCCUGAAGGCGGAGGGCCCGCGAGGCCUCUACCGAGGCUUUAUGGUUAACACCUUCACCUUGAUCUCAGGCCAGGCCUACAUCACCACCUAUGAACUGGUAAGGAAGUACGUGUCCCAAUAUUCCAGCAAUAACACAGUGAAGUCUCUGUGGGCAGGGGGAGCGGCGUCCCUGGUGGCCCAGACCAUCACUGUGCCCAUAGAUAUGGUCUCUCAGCAGCUCAUGAUGCAAGGCCAGGUGGGACACCUGAGCCGCUUCAAGGUCAAACCCAAAAUAAUGAUGGCGACAUCCAAGAGCAAAGUGACUUUCGGACAAACCAGGGACAUUGUGGUGCAGAUAUGCGCCGCUGAUGGUUUCCGGGGAUUUUACCGGGGAUACGUGGCAUCCCUCCUCACCUACAUCCCCAAUAGCGCAGUGUGGUGGCCUUUUUAUCAUUUUUAUGCAGAGAACCUUUCCAAACUAGCCCCCAGUGAUUGUCCUCACCUGCUUCUGCAGGCUAUCGCUGGGCCAAUGGCAGCAGCCACAGCCUCCACCAUCACCAAUCCCAUGGAUGUUGUGCGGGCCAGAGUGCAGGUGGAGGGCAGGUCAUCGGUCAUUGCAACCUUCAAGCAGCUGCUGGCAGAGGAAGGACCCUGGGGGAUGACUAAAGGGUUGUCUGCCCGCAUUAUCUCCUCCACCCCCACGGCCGUGGUCAUCGUGGUGGGCUACGAGACCCUCAAGAGACUGAGCCUGCGGCCUGAGCUGGUCAACUCUAGACACUGGUAAAUACCAGAGGGACAACCAGGGACAGACCCGGGCUAGACUGGGCCAGGUAGCCAGGGACACUGUCAAACACAGACAAAACAUACCUGGCUACCUGGUCUCCCAUAUUGCCGAUUCGGUUUGCCUUUGAAAAAACGGUUGCCUUUUUUAUGUUUUAAUGUGAGGUUGGUGGAUUUUAUCAUGCUGUUUGGGCAGAGGAAUUAUGAUUCAUACCGUUUUGUUUUCAGGGAAUACAACUGUAGAUAUUGGAACUUGUCAAUUAGAGGUAUGGAGAAAAAUGUGUGCGUUGUUGCAGCAGAGUAAGCAAAUUAAAGUGUAAUAAGGAGAGUCGUUUAAUUUACCAAUUAUAAGGCUUGGUAAAUUUGACACUGGGUUAAACUGGUUUUCAAAAUGGACUCUCACAAACCCUCUGUUGCCCUUAAAAAAUUGUGUUUGUUAACUUUAAA